UGCAAAUUCCUUAAUAUCACAGAAUAUCUCACCACAAAUACUAUUGGAUAGUCAACAUUCACGAUGAAUAAAGUUUUAUUUUUCAACGCAUUCUUAGGAAUUAUUUUGUCGUAUACCGUUGAUGGAAAUGUUUUGAGAAAAAGAGAAAAUUACGAAGUAAAGAAAUUCUUUCUGAAUCCCUUCAAAAUUAUAGUAAAUUUAAACAAAGUAAUAGAAGCUGUCAGUUCUUUAGAAUCCCAUUUAGAAGAAAGCAGCCCGGACAGAGAGCUUGUAGCUGAAGACAUUAACAGCAUUAUAGAGGUUCUCGAUACUCUAAAAGGUACCAUAUUUGAACAGGUGGCCACGAAAUUGGAAGAUACAUUAAGUGAAUUAAAAUCGGCAGUGGAAGAUCCUUCAAAUCAAGACUUUUUAGAUUCAUGUAGAAUUAUCCUAGAAGCUCUUAAACCGAUUUUAAAUUUUAUGAAGGGUUUAAGUGGUUAAAUAUUAAUUCUAUAUACAUUGAAUUGUGUUUAGAAACUAUUCUGAAAUUUAGAUACAUUAUUACUGUAUGUACUGUACAUGGUCAAAUCAGUAUGAAAAUAUAAAAUUUGUUAGUGAAGUCGCAAAAAUAAUAAAUAUAAAUAAAUUCCUGUCUGGUGAAUAAUUAUUUUAUUAU